AUGGCUGUAACAUCCACUUCCCGAGCAUUCAUCUACGAUGUGUUCCUCAAUUUCAGAGGUUCAGAUACACGCCAAGGUUUUACUGGCUAUCUCCACAAAGCUCUUCAUGACAGUGGAAUGCACGUUUUCAUUGAUGACGAGGGACUUAAGUGUGGAGAGAGAAUAACACCAGCACUUGUGGAGGCAAUUGAAAAGUCCAAGAUUGCCAUCACUGUGCUCUCUACAAACUAUGCUUCUUCCUCCUUUUGUUUAGAUGAACUUGCAACCAUUCUUGACUGCUCCCAAAGGAGAGGAUUGUUGGUGUUGCCUGUCUUUUACAAGGUGCUUCCUGGUCAUGUGAGACACCAGCAAGGAAGUUAUGGAGAAGCAUUGGCUAGGCUUGAGGAAAGGUACGACCAUGACAUGGGGAAUUGGAAGAUGGCACUAAACCAAGUAGCUGAUCGUUCUGGCUUUACUUUCAAUGAUAGGAAGCUUUUGGAUGUUGGAUGUGGUGAUGGUGUCCACCUGAUAGGGAUCCACGGAAUGGGCGGUGUAGGAAAAUCAACUCUUGCUCGAGCAGUUUAUAAUUUGAUUACUGAUCAAUUUGAUGGUUCAUGUUUUCUUCAAAAUGUAAGAGAAGAAUCAAACAAACAUGGGUUAAAACACCUUCAAAGCAUCAUUCUUUCACAGGUACUUGGAAUGAAGGAAAUCAACCUAGCGAAAGAAGAGAAGAGUGUUUUUCUUGACAUUGCUUGCUGCUUCAAAGGGUACAAAUUGUCAGAGGUUGAAGAGAAACUUCGUGCUCUUUAUGAUAACUGCAUGAAAUAUCAUAUUGGGGUGUUAUUUGAAAAGUCUCUUAUAAAGAUUAGUCAUGAUGGUAGAGUUACAUUUCAUGACUUGAUUGAGGACAUAGGUAAAGAAAUUGACCGUCAACAAUCACCAAGAGAGCCGGGGAAGCGCAGGAGAUUAUGGCUACAGAAUGAUAUAAUUCAAGUUUUAAAAGACAACUCGGUGAGUGAGAAGCUGAUGAAUGGGAGAUUUUUGCUACAGCAAAGUGUCACUACGCAGAGAUUUAGAUCAAGAGGAAGACAGUUUGGGGCUGAAUAA